CCGAGCGUCGCGGCCGAGCGCACGGAGGAGGAGCCGAUGGCGGAAGGAGGGCAGGCCCUGGAAGGGAAGGUGGCGCUCGGCUUCCAGCGGGGCUUCCUAGCCGGGAAGCGCCUGGCCGAGCUUCCCUGGGAGAGUCUUGAAGAGGUACUGAAAGAUUCAAAGGAUUCCUCUCCGUUUUUGGCUGUUCUGCAGAAGACGGUUUUUCAUCCACUCUGCUUGAAGUAUCCGCCAUCGGUUAAAUACAGAAGAUGUUUCUUAUCAAGGCUGAUCAAAAAGCACGAAUCUACAACUGCUGAGCCUUUGGAUCAACUCUAUGAAGCCCUUGGGGAUGUCUUAAAUACUGAAGAAACUACACACUGUUACAAGAACUAUUUAUUGCCCUCAGGAGAUGCCAUCACACUUCGCGAAAACGUUGCAAUAGUUUCACAGGGCACCACAGGUCUUGUCACAUGGGAUGCUGGCCUCUACCUGGCGGAAUGGGCUCUGGAGAAUUCAGACAUCUUCAGGAACAGAAGGAUUUUGGAAUUGGGAAGUGGAAUUGGAUUGACGGGAAUUACAAUUUGCAAGGCUUGCCAUCCGAGAGAGUACGUUUUCAGUGAUCACCAUGAGUGUGUCCUUCAACAGCUGUCAGAGAAUAUCCAGUUGAAUGGUUUGGGAUGGGUGCCUGAAUCUUGCAGCCACCACAUAGAAGAGGGCCAAAGCCAUCAACACCAUCUUGACAGAGCAGACCACAUCCAAAUAUCAGUAAAAGAACUAGACUGGAAUCUGGUCUCCAAAGACGAACUUGAGGAAUUGCAAGCUGAUGUCAUUCUUGCUGCAGAUGUGGUGUAUGAUCCGGAGCUAAGCCAGCACUUGAUUGGUGUCUUGCAAAAACUUCCCAGGGCCUGCGGGAAUAGACAAACACCUGAAGUUUACAUUGCCUUCAGUAUUCGAAAUCCAGAGACGUAUCACGGCUUCCAAACGCAACUUGAUAAAGUGGAGAUUGAAUGGCAAAUUGUACCUACCUCCUGGAGGAAUCUUUUUCCAUAUGACCAGCAUGCUAAUAUAGUAAUUUUAAGGCUGUAUGUUUAAUAUUUUUCCCCAAACUCUUGAUUGGAAAGCUUUUUCCAAAUAUGAUGACUGGAAAUAACUUCAGCCAUCAUAACCUGGCUUCACUCUCAAUAUCUUCCCUGGAAGCAUCAAAAUGUCUCUCACAGCUGCACCUCAGCACAGUUCACUUCUUGUGUUAUAACCAACGGGACCAAAGGAUAUAUUAUAAGGACUUGUGUGUAUAAUAUUCUUUAAUUAUAUGUUUAUGAUUAAAGGUUGGCCCCUUGCAAUCCCAGAGAAUAUUCAUAAUCUAUCCUGUUUCUCUAUAUACUUAUGUCAACUAUGGAACCAGAAGCAAUUAUUUUUGUAUAAUAAACACAGGGAUUACAUCU